AUGAGUAUCGCUAACCCUACCGUUGAUCCUGCGCACGUUGUGCAAGCGCUGGUAUACACCCUCUUGGAUGUCUUCGACGCCACGAGAGAUCUGUAUGAGACCCUCACGGUCAAGGAGCAGAGAGACUAUGAGCAGAACCUACGCAGCAAAGGCUACCCUGCCUCCAGGAGGAUCGAAUAUGUGAAGGAUGAACGUCUAGGCAGCGAUGAAGCUAUCGUUACAGACAAGGCGGUAGUCACAAGGCAGUUUGAUAUUGGGUAUCAGACCAUGGGGGCUGAGUUUGCCAUGGGCGAUGGUAAGCUUGCUCUUUCCUAUGGCGUGAUCAGGUGGACUGGCCUCUGCCCAACAACGUUGCUGCAUCUUGAACAAUGA